AUGAGCAACUUCGCCGCCAAUAUGUGGUUCAUGACUCUGGACAUGGCAAGUGGGUUCUGGGCGGUUCCAAUGACCGCCCGAGCUCAGCUGAUCUCGGCCUUCAUCUGCCAGCUCGGACACUUUCAGUGGAAGUGUAUGCCGUUCGGGUUGAAGAACGCCCCAUUGAUCUACCAACAGCUUCUGGACAAUUGUCUUUGGGGUUUCGUACGGCUACCCCCUGCAGAGGAACGGCUUGUCGACCCGGAGGUGUUAGAAUUCUUGGGGAUUUCUCACGAAGACUCGGGCGCCCCGGUAUCCCAGGGCACGGAGCCCCGGGGGGCGGUGGUCUCCAGGACCACCACUGACACCAUGUUCCACCAGAACCGGGUUGCCCCAGAGCAGAUGGGACGUGUGCUGUCCCGGAGUUCGUACAUCGAUGACAUGAUCUACGGAGCUCCGUCCUGGGAUGACAUGUGCAAAAUGCUGAAUGCCCUCCUAUACCGACUGCGGUACUGGAACAUUUCGGUGAGCCUUCCGAAGAGCGAGUUCGGGGUCAAGAAAUGCAAGUACCUAGGGCACGACAUCAGCUCGGAUGGAAUCUGGACGUCCCCGAAGCUAGCGCAAAAGGUCCUCGACUUGCCGUUCCCGAAGACCCAGAAAGGAGUACAGUCCUUCCUCGGGAGCCUCAAUUACUACGCCAAGUUUAACGAGGGUCUACCCGUACUCGCGGCCACUCUCUACGAAGCAUCGGACGAGCAACUUCGUUCCGGACGAGACUUGGAGAAGCCCAAGCAUGCGUUCAAGAUACUCAAGGACCGGCUAGUGUCGACGCCACUGCUCCAGCAUCCCGACCCCCGGGAGACAGAUCACGACGGCACCAUACUACCUGUGCGGUUCGUGGGGCGAGUUCUCCAGGACGCCGAUCUCCGGUACCACCCCGCCGAAAAGGAAGUUUUAGUACUGCUCCGCGUCCUGAACACAUGCCACACGAUGAUUACCAGCUGUUCCGAGAAGAAAAUUCGCGUGUACAUCCGGUACUCGGUGCUGACGGUGGACGGAAGAUGCCUCAAGUGGGCGGUCAAUCUGUCUCCCUGGGACCUCGACAUUCGACGAGUUGAGAACGACGAAGAUGGCUUGGUAGCGAUCCUGGGGGCAGGUAUCAGCCCCCGGGAACGCCUCGACGAGGUCGCCGAGACCUUGGGUUUCCGGAUCAAGACACCGCUAGUCAGCCUGGAGAUGCUCUUUAGUGACCACAUCAGGCACUUGUUGAGCUUCGACGGAGCCGCCAAGAGAGAUGGGUCGGGGGCGCUGCUUGCAUCCUCUAGAGUCUCCCGAGUUGGGAAAUUGUCGCGGCCGCAGGACACUUUCUGGAGAAAGCUACCGGAAUGCAACUUGCUCGACACAUGGGGGUCCAAGAAUUGGUUGUGGUCGGGGACUCCCGACUUGCAAUACAGCGGCUCCGAGGCGUCAUUGGCUGUACCCAUCCCCACCUUUUGA